AUGCUUGAAAACAAAGACUUAGCAUUAAUUGGUGUAAAUGACUUACGAUUAGUUCCUUAUGUUGCAGCUCAUGUCCUUAGAUAUCAUCAAUGGAUGAAAGAUCCAUACAUACUUGAAAUGACUGCAUCUGAAACAGUAUCACUUGAAGAAGAAUAUGCACUCCAGAAAUCAUGGGGACCGGAUGCAAAAAAGUGCACCUUCAUAAUUUCAACAACAAACAAAGACCUUAUUAAUGAUGUUAAUGAAAAGCUUAGCCUUGAGAAUAUGCCAGCUUUGGUUUAUGCAGAUAAUGGUAACAAGAAGCAAGGUUGCAUAAUAGGGGAUGUGAACCUCUAUAUUGUGAGCAAUCCGGAUGAACCACUACGCGCCGAGUUAGAAAUUAUGAUUGCAGAGAAGAAUAUGCGCAGGAAUGGGUAUGCUUUAGGUGCUAUCAAAAUGAUGAUGAAGUACACUAGGGAUCUUCUUAGAAUUAAAUUUUUUGAAGUUAGAAUUUCGUUAAAAAAUGCCGCGUCGAUAAAUCUCUUUAAAAAUAGACUUGGCUUCAAGGAAGUUGAAGUUUCCGAGUUUUUUAAUGAAAUCCAUCUUGAACUCGACGUUUCAGAAGAUACCAGUAAAGAGGUUCAACAAUUUGAUAACGCCAUAAUUCGCAUGGAAAAUUUUUCGAGCUGCUCUUGA